GCAUUCCGGCAGCCGGCCACCGGGGAGGCAAGUGCUGGAAGAUCUAGCCCCGGGGCCGCACUGGCGGGAGGCACGUGUGGGUGCCAGUGCGCGCGUAGGUCCCUGCAUGCCCAGCAGCCUCCACCUGCCCAGUGACCAUGAUAGUGUUUGUCAGGUUCAACUCCAGCCAUGGUUUCCCAGUGGAGGUCGAUUCGAAUACCAGCAUCUUCCAGCUAAAGGAGGUGGUUGCUAAGCGACAGGGGGUUCCAGCUGACCAGUUGCGUGUGAUUUUCGCUGGGAAGGAGCUUCGGAAUGACUUGACAGUGCAGAGCUGUGACCUGGAUCAGCAGAGCAUCGUUCAUGUCGUGCUGAGACCCUGGCGCAAAGGCCAAGAAAGGGAGGCCACUGGACAGGACAGCCCAAGAAACGCCGUGGAGGGCUCAGAGAAAGAGCCUGAGAGCUUGACGCGCGUGGACCUCAGCAGCUCCGUCCUCCCGGCCCACUCGGUGGGUCUGGCUGUGAUCCUGAACAGCGACUAUGAGGGGACCCUGCCAACUGGAAGGCCAGCAGGUAGAGGAACCUACAACAGCUUUUAUGUUUAUUGCAAAGGCCCCUGUCAAAGAGUACAGCCAGGAAAACUCCGGGUGCAGUGCAGCACCUGCCAGCAGGCAACGCUCACCUUGGCCCAGGGUCCCUCUUGCUGGGACGAUGUCUUAAUCCCAAACCGGAUGACCGGUGAAUGCCAAUCUGCAAACUGUCCUGGGACUACAGCCGAAUUUUUCUUUAAAUGUGGAGCACACCCAACCUCCGACAAGGAAACGUCAGUAGCUUUGAACCUGAUUACGACAAACAGUCGAGACAUCACCUGCAUAACGUGUACCGACAUCAGGAGCCCUGUCCUGGUUUUUCAGUGCAACCACCGCCACGUGAUUUGCUUAGACUGUUUCUACUUAUACUGUGUGACAAGACUUAAUGACCGGCAGUUUAUCCAUGACCCUCAGCUUGGCUACUCCCUGCCCUGUGUGGCUGGCUGCCCCAACUCCUUGAUUAAAGAGCUCCAUCACUUCAGGAUUCUUGGAGAAGAGCAGUAUAACCGAUACCAGCAAUAUGGCGCUGAAGAGUAUGUGCUACAGAUGGGGGGUGUGCUGUGCCCCAGCCCCGGCUGUGGAGCGGGGCUGCUUCCCGAGCCCGGCGUGAUGAAGGUCACUUGUGAAGGGGGCAGCGGUCUGGGCUGUGGGUUCGUCUUCUGCCGGGACUGUAAGGAAGCGUACCAUGAAGGUGAAUGCGGCACCCUAUGUGAAGCCUCAGGAGCAGUUACUCAGGCUUACAGAGUUGAUGAGAAGGCUGCGGAGCAAGCUCGGUGGGAAGAGGCCUCCAAAGAAACAAUCAAGAAAACCACCAAGCCUUGUCCCCGUUGCCAUGUGCCUGUUGAAAAAAAUGGAGGAUGCAUGCACAUGAAGUGCCCACAGCCGCAGUGCGGGCUGGAGUGGUGCUGGACCUGCAGCUGUGAGUGGAACCGCGCCUGCAUGGGAGACCACUGGUUCGAUGUGUAGCCUCAGCCCCGCGAGUGGGCGAGUGGGCGCCGUCCAACUUGGAAACGUACAAAGGGUCCCGCCAUUCCCUGCUUUCUCCAAACUCUCUCUCUCUCACGCAUGCACGCGCACACACACACACACACACACACAGCACCGCUCAAGCUCCUUCCAAAGCCACAAAAACAAAGUUACAGGAGAAGCUCCUGGGAUCCCUUUCUUUGUGCCCUCGAAAAACAACAAGAAGUAUUCUCAGGCCUCAGCAGUAGGCAGACCGCGGAGCACAGAGGAGGCGCAUCCACCUUUUGUAUGGAUUGUCAUUUUCGCGGGAAUUCAAGGCACGCUGGGUUUAAGUACGCAGAGAGAGAUUUCUCAGGUUUAAUUUCCUGCUUCGUACCUUCAGCAAAGAUUGGGAAGAAGCCAUUGGUGAGGAAAUAGUUCGAAGGGACUAUUGUCGGUGGUUCUCUCUAAGUUGGCCGACAGUGGGUUCUGAGAACUAUAUUCUCCACUUUAAGAGCAGUGCUUUUAUUUAAAUUAUCAGAGAGCAUCUAUUCGCAAAGAACCACAGGCAAUAGUCAAACUCUGUGUUUAUCCCUAAGAAUUCUACCUUUAUAUAUCGCAUGGAUGGAAUAUCAACUAUGCAUACAUUAGCUUGUCAACUAGUGAGAAAUUAUGAAAGUUAAUUUGAAUGUUGAAUGUUGACAUUAUAGGAAAGAAAUCAAAACUGCAUGUACUUUUCCUUCCAUUUAAUUAUUUGAGACCUUAGGAAGAAAUUGUUUUUCUGAAAAUAUUACGAAGUCUGUAAUUUGAUUUUAAACAUUCACUUUGCAGCUUGGGGAAUAAGCUAGUACAUUUGGCUUCACUGUAAACUUAAUGGGUAAGGUGCCUGUAGAGGAGACAUGUUUAGAAAUGGCUUUAUAAUGAUUCUCAAUGUUAACAAAAGUGCAGGGUGUUAAGGCAGAAAUCUUUAAAGAAGGAGCAUUUCCAGGGAUAACAAAAUAGAACCAAGACCGAUUAUGUACCAGAAAGGUUUAUGCUCUUUCUGCACCUGCCCGGUCCCCCAGCUGCAUGCUCCAGGGGCUCGGACCCCCGAAUGGGUUACUCCAAGGAGAGCUCUUCUCUAGGACAAUAGAGUCACACCAGAAGAUUUCCUCAUGUUGACGUGGAUCUAAAUGGAGUGUUUAUCAAGUUUUCUUUUCUUUUUUUUUUUUUUUGAGGCAUUCACAACACAUCAAAAAGAGAUGUGUUUACACCAAAUGCGGCAGACCUCAUUUCCUAUAGCACAGUGAACAGACGAAAAGGUAUAACCACUGUCUUUGAUUCUCAUUAUCCGUCUUCUCAGGGCCUUUCUUUGUAGACAUAGCACCAGAAAUCCUUGCUGGGGGAGAAAGGGAAUGACCUCAGAAUAUUUCCCAAGGACAUCUGUCCUUCUGUCCCUACCCAUCCUCCCAGGGACCGUCCUGCCUGAGCGCCCUUUUUUUCCCCUCAGAGGCCAGUCCUGGGACAAGAUGGAGUGUGGCAACCACAGUGUCAUUAAUCAGCCUCAUUUGGCUUCACUCUCUCAGAAAAUCCAACCUCCCAACAUGACCCCAAAACUGCCAGACUCAGGUCACGAAGCCUUAAAGAUCCUGGCGAGGGAACGGAGAGCCAAUAUCUGUAAACGUGAGCAAAAGGAAGGUCACUAGGCAUGAGCCCGCAUGUCCCAGGGGCUGGUAUCAGUGAGGGCGCGUUACGGACAAUCCCGGCAAGUAGCUUCUCACACUGACCCAGCAGGACAAAUCAGACGGCUCCCUCUGUCGUGUGGAGCAGCCAGUAUUUUAUAUCCACUAUAGCUCUUGGGUUUAGUGAUGCUGUCCUGAUUGCUUCCUUCCAAAUCUGCGUGCUGUGUUGGGUGUGUGAAGCCCGAACAGGGUUUGCUCUCAUGGGUUCAGGCACGGGAGAAGUUUCUAGGGCUUUGCUCCUUUCCUGGUGGUGGUCUUUUUUUUUUUUCCUCCAGAAUAGAAUACUGAGACAAGUUAAAGGGGAAAAACAGCCUCUGUAAAGGAAUGGGAAAUCACAAACCACUAUAAAGGAACAUGCUUGAACAUGAAAUGUGUAACUGAAUGUGAAUAUAUCAAAAGCAUAGAAAUAAAAUCUUUGCAGAAGAAUCUUAUUUUUCUCUGAAGCUUGUAAAGGAAUAUUUGACAAUGUCUAAGGUUGUACUAGAAUUAUCAAUAAAAAGCAUCAAUA